AAUUAGAACAGAGAAUCAAACAAGAAUAUAUCAACAACAACAACAACAACAACAACAAAGGAAACCAAAAAAAUUCUAGUGUGUAAUUGUCUUAAGAUAGUAACAUAUCAUUAGAGGAUUCCUACCUGGUUAUAUAAAGGGCCUCCUUGUGUGUUUCACUGUGAUCUAUCAGCUAUGGCCAUUUUAGGACACACACUACUAGCACUUUCACUGGUAGCACUGGUCCUAUGCUACCCUAACCCACCGACAUGCUACACUAAGGUGUUGAGUAUGGCUCGAGACCUCACCCAUCAGGCAGCGAUGAUCAAGAUGGAACCUGAAACUAGGCGUUGCAUGGCGCACAUCCCACAUCUCUACCUAGAUGUGCAUAACGCUUGCAUCAUGCCGAAGAUGAGGCAGUACGUCUUUCUGGUGGACGGCUUGCGUGAACUGCGCUGUGCUUACACCAGGAAAGUGCGGGUGGUGGGUCUCGAGGUCAGGCAACUGCACAUGAUCAUGUCCCAGAGGUGUCACGGGGAGCUGGUGUUCACCACUGAUGACUGUGCAGCCUUGGACCGCCCGCCGAUGAGCUGGAGCCGGAAAUGACAAUGCCACAGUUUGAUGAGAGAGAGAGGGA